GCCGCUGGGCAGAGAAGAGGAAGGAAUGUAGUUGGGUGGCUCCGAAGAAUGGCUUCUUGGAGGGGCAGCAUGACCCUGAUGUGGGGUCCCCCUUUCUUCCUGGGCUUGGCUGCUCUCCUGGCGGGGACUUGCUCCGGCUCUUCCUCCCAUUCCCUGCGCUAUUUCCUCACCUCUGUCUCAGAGCCUGGGCCGCUGGUGCCUCCGUUUUCCUAUGUGGGGUAUGUGGAUGACCAGGAGUUUGUUUCCUAUGAUGCCAGCACCAAGAGGUAUCUUGCGAAGGUGCCCUGGAUAAGAGAGGUGGAGAAGUAUGAUCCUAAGUACUGGGAGCGAAACACCGAGUAUGCUCAGGGCCAUGAGCAGAGAUUCAAAAAUGACCUGGUGAUUCUGGCUAAGUACUACAAUCAGAGCGGAGGACUUCACACUUUUCAGUUGAUGUACGGCUGUGAGCUGAGGAGAGACGGGAGCAAAGGAGGGCAUUACCAGUAUGCCUACGAUGGGAAUGACUACAUCAGCUUUGACAAGGAGACCCUCACCUGGACGGCAGCUGAUGUCCCAGCCCAGAACACCAAGAGGAUGAGGGACACUGAAUUAGUAGAAAACCAGAACAAGAAGGCCUACCUGGAGGAGACCUGCAUUGAGUGGCUGCAGAAGUACCUGGGCUAUGGAAAAGAGACGCUUCUGGAGACAGGUAAAUUGAUGGUGCCAGAAGUGAUGGUGACACGCAGGGUGACCUAUGAUGGCAUGGAGGCUUUGAUCUGCUAUGUGCGGGGCUUCUACCCCAGGGAGAUUGACAUCUAUUGGACAAGGGAUGGAGAAGUCUGGCUGCAAGAUACCUACCAUGGCCUGGUGUCCCCCAACUCUGAUGGGACUUACUACACCUGGUGGAGCGUCACGGUGGACCCCAAGGAGAGAGGACGCUACAAAUGCCACGUGGAGCACGAUGGGCUUCUGAAUCCUGUGGACGUGGCUUGGGAGGAGCCUGCCUCCGACUUGUGGCUCAUCAUCGGGGGUGUCCUGGGGGUUCUCCUCCUGAUCGCUCUGAUGGCUGGGAUUGCUGUCAGUUUCAAAAAGCUUCAAUAUGGAUACAAAGCAGCUGCAGGUGAGUGUUACCUUCCCAUGAGCAUCUCAUGGAAACCAUGAGCAACCAUUUAUCCCAUUUCUGAUUGCUCCAUCUAUAGUGUUGCCCCAUCCUAAACUGAAAUUCUUACCCCACUGUUUAUCAUUUUUGGGCUCCCCUCAAUUACAUAUUUUCUAUUGCUACCUCAUCAAGGUUUUAUCAUUUUACCUCGUCCAUUUGGCCUGCCCAUUCUGUUCGAUUUUAUAUUGUGUUGAUUUUCCUUAUUUAUUUUAUUAUGCUACUGUACAUAUUUUAUUCUGAUAUAAUUUUUGUUGUUUGCAUUCUGUAUUUUAUUGUGCUCUAUUGUAUCUUUGGGCUUGGCCUCAUGUUAGCCACCCCAAGUCCCCUUUGGGGAGAUGGUGGUGGGGUA